AUGAAGACAAUAAAUAUCUUAGAUCCAGAUGCGCUAUCGGCAGAUGACUCGAUCAAGCUCCACGAGGUGGCACGUUACAUUUACAAAGCCAAAAAAACCACCAUGUUGACCGGGGCCGGGAUUUCGUGCAACGCGGGAAUCCCAGACUUUCGCUCCGACGAUGGUUUGUACAACAUUGUGAAAGCAAAAUACCCCUCGAGCUUCAUCAAGGGCCAAGACUUGUUUGACAUUUCGCUCUUCAGAAGCAACGAAACGCUCCUGAUUUUCUGUACGUUCAUGGAGGGGCUCUACAAGUACUCUUUGCAGGCCAAAGCGACGGAGACCCACAAAUUCAUCAAGACGUUGAAAGAGAAAAACAAGCUUUUGCGGUGCUACACGCAAAACAUCGACAGCAUUGAGAAGAGUCUCGACUUGAACUGUGGCAUCGACUCGGCACAUUUCAACGAGAUCGAGCUUGGUCUGGCCCGCACUUUCAGAGACAAUUGGAAGGAUUUGGACGUUGUUCAGUUGCAUGGAAAUCUACAUAAACUCUCGUGUACGCAGUGUCUUACGCACUACGAAUGGACUGCCGAAAGCCAGACCAAGCUCAGGGAAGGAGAAAACCCCGAAUGCGAGAACUGCUACCUUAAGUUCCAGGAACGGCUCUAUGCGGGGAAGAGGAUGACGGGGAACAUCGGAAUUUUGCGUCCCGACAUUGUGCUUUAUGGCGAGAACCACCCACAGUCGGAGAUUUUGGCCCGGGGACUCAACAUUGACAUGGGCAUGAAAUGCGACUUGGUGUUGAUCAUGGGCACGCUGUUGAAAGUCGACGGCGUGAAGAAAUUGGUGCGGUCAGUCUGUAAGAAUGUGCGUGAGCGAGGUGGGAAAGUGGUGUUUGUCAACAAGUCGCCGGUGGCCAAGCAGUUUGCCAGUCUUGUUGAUUACGAGGUCUUGUGUGACUGUGACGACUUCAUCCGUGCUUUGAGGCACGAAAUUCCAGAUUUGUUUUUGACGCAGGAGCAGCUAGACUCGAAAAAGCUCCAGGGCAAACAGUCACCCAGCAAACCAUAUGACCACAUUAAAAAUGAGCAACCGGAAGGCGUCAAGCUCGAAACCACGACGGCCCGAGUCAAGAUCGAAAACCCCACAAAUAGAGUCAAGCUCGAGAAGUCCAAGCACCAUGCUAUCAAGAGCGAAGCAGGUCCGGGAGUCGGUCUUGGAAAUGCGCGAGAUACUGUCCUCACCCCUCCCAAUACGCCGACCAAGAAAAGAGCUUUGGCCAGCGAGCGGAAGAGACCGACGCUUAAAGCGUGUCGGAACAAAAAAGCCAAGGUCGAGCCUCACUUUCCAUCUCCAUGCCCAAGUUUCACGGAGAGCAUCAAGAUCGAGAGUGAGAGUGAUGUUGCCACCGACUGCGACGACUUUGAUGGCUCCACCGAAAAUAAGGAGAACAUGGACGGACGAGUGGCCAAACAGGAGAAUGCUGUUUGCGAGGCCAUGAGGGUCGGGGCUUAA